AUGUAUCUCCGCGGUGUCCACGCCGACGCAACCAUCCCGAUGCUGCGGCAGCUCAUUCGGGACAACCCCCUCGGCAUCCUCACCACCGCCAUCCGCUCCAAGUCAUACCCCACGAUACAGUCCAGCCACAUCCCCUUCAUCCUGGACGUGAAGGACGACGCCGACGAGUCCGAGCUCGGCGUCCUGCGCGGCCACCUCGCCCGCCAAAACCCCCAAAGCAAGGCCAUGAUGGACGCCGCCGCACAGGAGCCGUCCGCGCAGAACGUCCUCGAGGACGAGGUCAUGGUGCUCUUCAGCGCCGCCGCGCACCACUACGUCACGCCCAAGUUCUAUACCGAGACGAAACCCAGCACGGGCAAGGUGGUGCCCACCUGGAACUAUGCGGCCGCACAGGCGUACGGCAAGGCGAGGAUUUUUUACGACUCAAAGGCCGACGAGACGGGCGCCUUCCUUUCCCAGCAAAUACACGACCUGUCAAAGCACGCUGAGACCUCGGUCAUGGGGUACACCGGCGCAGGGGACAGGCCGGGUCCGUGGAGCGUGUCUGACGCGCCCGAGCCCUACAUCAAGCUGCUGCAGAAGAACAUCAUCGGCAUCGAGAUCACGAUUGAGCGGCUCGAGGGCAAGUUCAAGAUGAGCCAGGAGAUGCAGCGGGGAGACCGUGACGGCGUGAUCCAGGGCUUUGAGAAUCUCGGCUCUGAGGUCGGGUCGCAGAUGGCUGACCUUGUGCGCGAGCGUGCCGAACUCAAGGAGGCACGGAAAGGCUAG